AUGAACUGCAUCAGCUCCCGGUGCCUGCCUGGCUGCGAGGUGGCAUGUCCCGAACCUUGUGCCUACAGCAGAGGCCUCGGCCCCUGCGUGGCCUCGUGCGGCGACUCCACCGCCCUCGUCUACGCCCCGCCCGUGUGGAUCACCUUCCCCGGCCCCAUCCUGAGCUCCUGCCCCCAGGAGAGCAUCGUGGCAUCCUCCAUGCCCCAACCCUCCUCAGGGACAGGAGGAUACUCCGGUGGCCUGUCAAGAAUUGGGGGCUCCUAUGGGUCUGGGGGCUCCUAUGGGUCUGGGGGUUCCUAUGGGUCUGGGGGUUCAUAUGGAUCUGGGGGAUCCUAUGGAUCUGGGGGUUCCUAUGGAUCUGGGGGGUCCUAUGGAUGUGGGAGUUCUUCGGGGGGCGCGUCAGGGAAGGGGGGCUCCUCUGGAUGUGGGAGUUCCUCCCAGGGGGGCUGCUUCCUCAGGAAGUUCUACACCAGCAGCAGCCGCGGGUCCCGCCUGGGAUACUGA